CGCUGUGGCGGGAUGGGUUGCGGUUGGAAGAUUCAAAACGGCGCUGGAAAUGUGGGGCCAUGUGGAAAACGGAGCUAGGGUGGCUUGAGUGGGAGUGCCAAGAAAUUGGCCGUUUGGGGAGCUAUGGGUGGUGGUGGUCUGGAUUGAGUGACGUUGCACGAUUGGAUUGACUUGCACAUGUUAUUGCCCCAAAGAGAGCUUGACAAGUUGACGGUCCGGCACACGACAGGACACGGUACAUAAAGACCAGAUUUGCCUUUUUGUGCUCGAGAACACCACCUCCUACGAAAACUACACCAAAUCAAACUGGGAACAAUACCACCAGAAUGGCAACAAUCGACACCCUCUCCGAGCGGCUGUCCGCGCUGCAGGAAACGACCGCCCAGCUCCAGGAGCUGAUCCACAGACUUGCCAAUCUGAAGUUUGCGCCGGGGAGUGUGCCGCUUACAGCCGAGGGGGAGGUGGAAAGCGACAAUGUAGCGACGGAGCUGAGCGCAGAGAUUAGCUCAAUCUUGAGGGAGGAGGAGGAAGAGCUGGAGUUGUUGCAGGAGGAGAUCAUUGACCUUCGAGGUGGGAGGCCGGGGAGCGAGAGCGAGCAUAGGAAGCAGAGGUUGAAAGAGGGCGCGCAGAGGCUAGAGAAUGAACUCAAGACCGCUCGAACAACCUUCCGCAAAGCUCAACUCUCAGCCCACCACUCCCUCCUCGCCGCCCAAAAACUCGAGCGCCAGCUCCUUGUUGCGUCUUAUGCUGCUUCGGCUUCGUUGGCUAACUCAAUUCACUCCCUCGCCUCCUCCUCCUCCUCCUCCUCUUCCGACCUAGCCAACCAGCAACAACAGUCCUCCUCCUCCUUAGAAGGAAACAAAGACCCCCGAACCCAACUCUUCACCCCCAAAGACCUCCUCCGCCACCGCAAGCCAAAACCCACCAACCCCAACGACGAAUCCUCAGCCGUAGUCAACGCCUCAAGCGACCUCACCCUCUCCCUCCGCCGCACCCACGCCCUCAUCGCCGCCGAGGUCCAAAAAUCAGCCUUUGCCUCCCAAACCCUAGCCGAGUCUUCAGCCGCGCUGGCCGAACUGCAAAAAAACUACGAGGGGAUCGACUCCCUGCUCUCCAAAUCAAAAAACUUGGUCUCCACCUUGCUGACCACGCAAAAGAGUGAUACCUGGUAUUUACAGACUUCUCUGAGAUUGCUACUGGUCACGUUGGGCUGGUUGGUGUUUAGGAGGUGGUUGUAUGGACCGUUGUGGUGGGUUGUUUGGUUGCCGCUGAAGCUCAGUUACAAGACUACGAGGGGGGUGGUGAAUUUGGCUGCUGGUGGUGGUGGGGGAGGGCAGGCGGAGAUGGAGGUUGUGUUGCCCGGGGGGACGACCACGAGGGUGGUGAUGGGGGGAGAGGAGAGUGUGCCUACUAUUGAGGUUGCUGGGCCGGGGGUGGGGGAGAAGCAGAGGGUGGAAGGGGGAGAGGAGAGUUAUGUGGAGAGUUAUGUGGAGAGGGUUGGGAGGAUGGUGGAGGAUACGCUUGAUCAGAGGGAGAGGGAGGAGGGGAAUAAGACGGGAGAGGGUGCGGUGGAGGAGGAGGAGGAAAGAGAGCAGAAGAAUCCAAUGAAGAGGAUGUGGGAGGAAGAUGUUGACGGGGAGGGCGAGAAGCAACAACAGGUGGAGCUGGUGAGGGAUGAGCUGUGA